CGCCGUAAAAAAGAAAGGAAGUACUUAAGCGUCAGUCCAAGUUAUUUUACUGCCCUUUUUUUUAACCUCCCCAAAACUACUCAUUUUGACUCCAUUCGAGAAACAGAAACAAUGUCGGGCUUCGUCAAAGGUCCCUCUUACGGCUUAUCCGCGGAAGUCCGAAACAAGAUUGCACAGAAAUACGACCUCCAGAAGGAGGAGGAGCUGAAGAUCUGGAUCGAGGACAUCACCGGCGCCUCCAUCGGCCCCGACUUCCAGAAAGGCCUCAAAAAUGGAGUCAUCCUGUGCCAGCUAAUGAACACACUCCAGCCAGGCUCUGUGAAAAAUGUCAACCGUUCGUCCACAAACUGGCACCAGUUGGAGAACCUGACCAACUUCAACAAAGCGCUCAUCGCUUACGGCCUGAAGCCACACGACAUCUUCGAGGCCAACGACCUGUUUGAGAACGGCAACAUGACUCAGUUCCAGACAACAAUGUUGGCUUUGGCCAGCAUGGCUAAGACCAAGGGGUCGCACUCACGGGUGGACAUUGGCGUGAAAUAUGCAGAUAAACAGAAGAGGACGUUUGAUGAGGAGAAGAUGAAGGCUGGGCAGUGUGUUAUUGGCCUGCAGAUGGGGACCAACAAGUGUGCCAGCCAGGCAGGUAUGAGUGCUUAUGGCACCAGGAGGCAUUUGUAUGAUCCCAAGGGUCAAAUCCUGCCCCCCAUGGACAACACCACCAUCAGUCUGCAAAUGGGCACCAACAAGGGGGCAAGCCAGGCCGGGAUGACCGCACCGGGGACCAGACGUGCCAUUUACGACCAGAAGCUGGGCACAGAUAAAUGCGACAACAGUACCAUGUCCCUCCAGAUGGGCUACAGCCAGGGAGCUAACCAGAGCGGCCAGAACUUCGGCCUGGGCCGGCAGAUCUACGACGCCAAGUACUGUUCCAAAGGCAGCGAGGUCACAGACGAAACGAACGGGGCGAGCGGAGUCUACAUCCCAGACUACCAGGAUGAAGGUUACCAGGGUUACCAAGAAGAGGAGCAGGUGUACCAGGAGGAAGGGACGGAUUACUAGAGGGAUGGAUGGAAGGAGGGGAAAAAAAUUAAAAAAAAACCUCAAGGCAGAUGUUUUAGUUUUAUAUCAAAAAGGAUCUGGCAACGUCUUUGGGUCAUACCUUUUAUAGUAUUCCAUGAAUGUUUUCUUAGCCCUUGUACGUCCAACCCCAACACAAUGAACUGUAUUUUUCUGUAAUUGUUAAAAAUGGAAAGUGACCACAAAUGCCAGUCAUUUGGCUUGACUAGUUUUGUACCCAGGGACCUUUUUAUUGUAUUAUUGUGCCAAAUAUCUCACUAACUUAGUUGUGCUAUGGGAGAUCUUGGGGUCACUAUUUUAUCUCUGAAAUAUUUAGCUUGCGAUUAAUACGCCCACACUUCUAUAAGAAAAACAACAUUUUAGGUCUUGGGAUUCUAUAGACGUCGCAGUUCAUUAAAAGGACACGUGGAAUCUGGUCAUAGCCUGAAGAGCUUGGCCUCCGAGCGCACAUUUGCGGUCCCUUUCUUGUGGGAACUGUCUCUAGAACCAGUCCAACUUGUUUCUUCAAAGUAACAACUGGAAGGUGAUUGCUAGUCUUAAAAAAAAAAAAACAUAUUUGAACAUUCCAAGGAUGGAAACUGGAUUUUAUAUAUCAAGUGAAUCAUUCCUUUACUUUGGUUGAUAUGCAAACCAAUUAUAUUUGAUCUUUUGUGUUUAUUAUUUAUACACAGUAGUGAAUUGACGGGGGCCUGUUUUUUUUCUACCAUGACUCUUGAGUAAUAGUUUUGUUUAGUCCUCUAGGAGUUGUUUGUGUCAAUUGACAAAUAAAACGAGCAAUAAACUUGCCUGCUAACUUAUUAGGUACACCUAGACAAACUACAAUGGCUCAUUUGCAUUGGAUUGGAAUGAUUUGUGUCAUCUGUUUGAGAGAAUAUAAGCUUGACAUGAUCUCAAUUGUCGUCAGUGGAAAAGUUUUGAAGUUGCUUUAGUUCCAGCUAUGUCUACAGAAUAAAUUAGCAAGUCAGUUGUAAUGUUUUUGUUGAUGCAAUGUAAUAAAGAUGUGUAUUCAUUA